UACCAUUGACUAAUCAGGAUAGAUUUAAGUAUAAGCAUACCUGUUUGAAUCCAAAAGAUGGUGAACUAUGCCUGAAUAGGGUGAAGCCAGAGGAAACUCCGGUGAAAGCUCGUAGCGGUUCUGAUGUCUGGGAUUUCCUUGAUACUGGAGAUGAAAAAUUGCUUUCGGAAGCUUGGACGCCUGGUCUGGAAGGUCUUGGCUUGGGUGAAAAAUUACCUGUCCAGUGUACGCUUAACAACCAGCUUAGAACUGGACAAACAAGGGGAAUCUGA